AGUCCGGAGCGUCGGUGAUGAAUGCCCGUCGCCGAACACAACGGAAUAUCGUCGCCCCGACCGUCGACGGUACAACACCCCCUCCACUGUCCCGGUCGACUGCUGCCGCAGUCUUGUUCUCGUUGCACCAAGUGUCUGUUACCGCGCGCGACCAAUACGAACCAGCUACGAGCCCGCCGUCCCGUCGGCACAGGAGCGGAUUUGUUGCCGCCGACCCCAGAUGCGACGCGUCACAUGGCGCGUAUGUGCAUCGCCGACGAGUGUUACGCACGCGACCGUCCGUUGAUCGGUGUAGCAGCAGAUCACCGUUACCGCCGUCGCGCGUUUGUCGCAUUGGGUUCUUCGAGGUAGACGUGUCGUCUUGGUCGAUCUAAUAUUGGCGUUCCCGUCACGUGCACGCGGAAGCGGGAAAACGUGCUAGGAAAUGGCUAUUUGACCGUGAGCCACAGCAGCUGUUCGUCCUACUCGUCGACGGCUGCAAAGGCAGAAGCAGCCGUUGGGUGUGCAAACGGUCGCUGGAGUAUCAAGUGUGUGGCGGCGACAUUGGUCUUUUUUGACAGCAACAUAUUAUUUCCUAACAGACAAACGCACAACACACGUUUCUUAUAAACGAAUAACAUUGUACGGCUACUUCGACUGUUGAACAUAAUUAACUGGCUCCAACGCUGCACGUAACUUGUGCUCACGUAUUAACAAGAACUGUGGUACUAUUGGUACCUAAUCAAAUUCAGUCAUUGCUGUCACUGUUAUGUUUACGGCAGUACAACGUUAUGUGUCAAACACCCUGGCUGGUAUAUCAAUUGCCAGUGGUGGAAAUGUAAUUAACCUAGUUAGCUGUUAUAUGAGAAAGCUGGCAAGAAUAGCAAAUGGUGGUGGUGGUGGCUUCAAAGCUGCAGUGACUACAGUCUUACUUUUCAUUAUGGUUGCUCUGUAUUGCUUAUAUGGUACUGGUGGCAGUACAGGUAUAAUGGCACCUAUUGCGAAUAGUCAACAAUGGUUAAAUAGUAAUGAUUCUCUCAAAGUACAACCAGACAUAACUGUUGAAACAGCAACAAUGAACGGUAGUAACUUAAAUACAAGUCUUCCUUGUGGCGGUAAGAAUAGUAAGAAACCUAAAAAAAGACCACUCAAGACAAAAUCUCCAAAUGGUGGCAGAAUUCUGACGGCCGCUGAUAUGUAUGAACCGGGAUUUCGCAUCGGAAAUGCAGACAUUUGUUCACCUCGCACUAGAUUAUUGGUAUUGAUCACAUCAGCAGCCGCACCAACACAUUCCCAACACCGACAAGCCAUUCGUAUGACAUGGAUGAAUCGAUAUGGUCCUGGUGUCAGCAUGGCGUUUUUGGUGGGCACGCCUCAGAUAUCCGAGACCGACCCAGUGGCUCAAGUAUUAGAGGCUGAAGAACAAGCUUUACAAACACGCCUGAAUCGGAUUGAUAACAAUAGUAUUGACAAAACAAAAGAAAAUCCCAAGUCUAAGCCAUCUGCAGCUAUAGUUUCCGGAGUAGCAGAUGCACUUGUGGAUCCACUGGUUGGCGAUUCUGGAUGGUUUCGAUUUUUAAGAGACCGAGAACAAAACUCUGGGGAAGGCUUAGAUGCUCAGGCAAUGCAUGGUCUGAAUGAGGCUGAACGAGCCGUCCAGCGAGUUUUGGGUCGAGAACAUGGUCGUUAUGGUGAUUUAAUUCAGUGCCAAGUUCGAGAUACCUACAAUAAUUUGACUCUAAAGUCUAUUGCUGCACUUGAAUGGACCCGUCAGUAUUGUCCGUGGGCUAAAUACUUGUUAAAAACGGACGAUGAUAUGUUCAUAGAUGUACGUCGAUUAUUGCGAUUCAUCGACAAAGUGGAAACCGAAGCAAUUACUAAAUCUGGCAUCAAUAUUCCUCGUCCCCUUGAACAAUCUGAAUUUUAUUCCAUGGAUGCAGACGGAUUUGAAACUCCUGCUGCCUCAUAUUUUGAUAUUGAUUUACCACCUACCAUCUGGGGAAGGUUGGCGCAUGGAUGGCGUCCAAUUCGACAACACAAUAGCAAAUACUAUGUUUCCCAUUCACAAUAUGCUAGUCGUGUGUACCCAGAUUUUUGCACCGGGCCUGCAUACCUUAUGACUAGAUCGGCUGUGAACCCCUUGUAUGAAGCAGCUCUGGGCAGAGACUUCGACAUAAUUGAUGAUGAUGAUCUUGAAACUAAAAACGAUGAGGUCAGUAAAAUUAAAGGCCGAGAGGACAAUAAAGAUUUAGAAAAAGGCUGUGGAGACAGUAAUCAAACCUUAGAUGAUAGUAGUGAUAAAUUUAUAGCAAAUGAAGAUAAAAAUAAUAAGGUUCCAUACUUGAAACUGGAAGAUGUAUACUUGACUGGUGUAGUAGCUGAGCGUCUAACACGUCGAGCAGCCGAGCGACAAGCACGACAAGAACAAAAAGAAAAAAUGGCUGUAAAUGGUAGCAUUUAUAAUGAAAAAUCUGGGAAAACAGCAAUGGGGAUCAUCGGUGAUACUAAAAAAACUAAAUCGAAAGGUUCAGAUAUAAUUGUAAAGGUGCGGCGCAUUCAUGAUGACCAAUUUGCAAAUAAGAAAAUCACUGGCAGAGCAUUGGAACGGGCUAUAUGCAGUGGUGUAAGCCCUGGAGAUACUGUCGGCACAGGUGGAGAUGGUAGUUUCAGCUGGUUUCGUUGGUAUUGGGGUGACACAGCGGUAGAAAAAGACUUAAAAAAAAAGAAAAAAGACCAAGGAGUAAUUUCUAUACACAUGGUCAAGUAUUUUGAGCAAUUUGAUUUGUGGCGUCGACUUAUGGAUGGCCGUACAAAGUGUAAGUCCUAACACUCAAUUUUGUAUUUUUAUUUUAUAUUGUAUUUAUUUAUUUAUUGUAAUUAAUUUUCGCCCGCGUUUUUCAGUAUUUAU